GCGGGGAGCCGGAGCAAAGGGAGGAAGGGCGGUAGAGAUACAGACUGAAAGGGGCGAAGAAUUGCGUCAAUCCAACACAACACCACCAGCCAUGAAGGCAAGACGGACCUCACCAGUCGUCCACCUCCAACUAGCCCUCCACCUCUUCAUCCUCGCGUCCCUCGUUCACCUGGGUGCAGCGAAGGCCGCGGCACGGCGGCGAGGCGGCCAGGGACCAAACAACCAUCGCGUCAUUGGAGGCACAGAUGCCGAGCCAGGCGAAUUUCCUCACCAGGUAUCGGUGCAGCACAAGGGCUUCCUGGAGACGAGGCACGCCUGCGGCGGCACCAUCAUGGCCGAGGAAUACGUCCUCACGGCUGCAAGCUGCAUCAACUUGUUUUCGGCGGACUCGCUGACCGUGGUGGCUGGCGUGAACAACCUGGAGGACCCCGACGCCCAGGUGGUGGCGGUGGGCACGACAAUCAUUCACGAAGACUUCGACAUGGCCACGCACGCCAACGACGUUGCCCUCCUCAAGCUGGCCAGCCCCUUGGUGUUUGGGGACCGGGUGCAGCCACUUGAUGUGCCGCCGGAGGGGGAGAAGGUGCCCGAGCAAACGCUCUGCACCUUGGUGGGCUGGGGCGCCAUCACGGAGUCUGGGGACUAUUACAGCCAGCUGCAAAAGGUCAAGAUGACGACGGUGAGCGACACCGUUUGCCGGGCGUCGUACGGCGCCAUGGCCAUCCAGGACUCCAUGCUGUGCGCGGGGAUGCCCAAGGAGGAAGUGGACGCGUGUGACGGAGACGAGGGCGGGCCGCUGCUCUGUUUGGGGAACCUGCACGGCGUCACCUCCUUCGGGAUGAGCUGCUUGGACCCGUACUACCCGCGGGUGUACUCAGAGGUGGCCUACUACAGGAACUGGAUCUUGAUGUACAUCUUCAGUCCCUGAGAAGCCUCUGUCCACAUCUACGUGACUGUCUUCCGUCCUAACAGCCGCAGCUGUACAGAAUUGAUUUUGAUCAAUCAGGAUUAAGAUGACCAGCUGUUGCUCUUCAUAUAUAUGUCUUAUUUUCAUUUUGCUGUGGAAAUAUUGGCAGAAUAUACUAAAUGAAGGGGAGAGCGGUGAUGAUUCGGCCACUUUUUAAAAAUAUACAUUUAAAAAAAAAGUUAAAUAAGUAGUGUAAUUUUGUUGAUCUCAAAAUGUUCCUUCAUCCUUUGGCUCUUUAGGUUGACAAUAUGACACCCGUAGCCAUUUCCAGUUCUCAGUUGUCGGUGAGGUAACACAAUUUUCUAAAUGGUCCGAACCAUCGCCUGUGGGCCAGGGAGGUGGGAUUUUUUUGUUUUUUUUGACGCAGACAAUUUUUAGAGUGGCGCCAGUUAUGCUUGGCUCAUGCUGCCCCCCGGAACUCAUUCUUGAUUCACUUGGACGGUUUCUUCUAGAGUCCGGGUUGAAUGGUGGUCUUCUGGACAGCAUGUGGGUAGUCUUAGGCCACUCAGUGGUGACUGAAAAAUCCCAAGUGGUAGCGUGGGGAUUCGAACCGACGUUGUCCAUGGCGUGGUGAAUGCUGGGCCCGCACGCUAACCACUCAGCCACCGCCUACCCUUGUAUUACACUUGUAUUACUCGGCAUAAUAUUAAUAUAUCUUAAGUUUGAUUGGCUAAUAAACACGAAUAUAUCUAGCUCUGAGGGCGUGGUUGUCCCGUGUGGGCCAAGGCAACAAAGUUUUGCACAUUCACACAAAAUCUCGUGGCACUCAGUCCCAUACGUUUUACAAUAAAUGCCAUGUCCGGACCAUCCCACUGUCCGAAUUAUCACCGCUCUCCCCUAUUUAAUUGCUUUUACACUCACCAGUUGUCCUAAUUUUCUAGAUAAUCAUAGCAUUUUUUAAUGUUUUUCUUUAUAGUUAGAUUCCUCUAUAAGUGUGGCGUGCUUGCUACCGCUGCCUAUCAUUCCUUCACCCUGGCUGUGAAAUUGGUCUUUCAGUUACAGGAAAGAAAAUCAUGAUGGAAGAGCAAACGUCUUUGGAAAAGAAACACGUACAAAUUUUUCUUCUUUACCUCACGUUGUUGCAAACUUCUGUUCAGCUCCCCUUGGGAGGACUGAUGUAUCUUGCAAUAUAAACUAUAAAAAAGUACAAAACAAU